UCGGCUCCGUGUUGGCCUCAGCCAUUCCCUGAACAGAAGAAAUAAAUAGACAUUUUAACUUCAAAGGUUGAUUAGGGGCUGAUGGUGAAAAUGCAAGUCUGAUAUCCAUACGACUACUACGCCUAUAGGACUUCCUAUCUACGUGGAAAAGAAGCCGCGGGAGAUAAUAAUCUCACUUCAUUUCGCGUCCAGGUCCAGUGGAGUAAAGUGCACUUUCAUUUGGGUGUGGUUUUCUGUCAAGUCUGUAAAGAAAUACUGCUGAUGACCCAUUUGCCGAACCCAGGCAUGGCGAACGACACCCCUGAGGACACCACUACAAUUGGUGACACCUUUACAGAAGAGGCUGAGUGGUUUGAUUCAGUUGGACUGUUUGUAACAACACCUCAAGUCCCACCAACCAGCUACAAGCAGAGGAAUGAGGAGUUCAGAAAGCUGUUCAAAGAACAAGCAGCUUCUGAGAUGCUCAUCACAGAUUACACCUGUGCACUCCAGAGGGACCUUCUACUGCAGGGACGGAUAUACCUGUCGGAAAACUUGUUGUGUUUCUACAGUAAUGUAUUUCGGGGAACAAAGAUUGUCGUGAACCUGAUGGAUAUCACAGCCAUGACCAGAGAAAAGACAGCAAGAUGGAUUCCAAACGCUAUUCAGAUCUCCACAGAUGCAGAAAAGCUGUUCUUCACAUCAUUCGCUGCCAGGGAAAAAAGUUUCCAGAGCAUAUUCCGGAUGUGGCAGAAUACCUUGCUGAAUAAGCCACUAACCAGACAAGAACUGUGGCAGAUGGUCAAGCAGCACUAUGGAAAUGACUUGGGUUUGAGUCACGAUGAAAUGGAUAACGCACAGAUAUCAGCAGAUGCCAAUACACCCACCAAUCCCAGCAGCCUGAUCAUGAAGUCAGAGGACCAACCCGGGAGGCUGGAGAGGCCCACUACACUCCGGCUCCAGCAGGUGGAGCUAGCCUCUUAUGAGGCCUCCACGCCUCUAGGGGACGACACGCAGUCCUCUCUCGGACAGCAAAGCACACUCUCACCUAACGGGGAUGACUCCUGCGGCACUCCACUUCUCCAGCGGAGUCCUGUGCCUUCUCUAGACCGUCACAGCUCUGAGAGGUCGUCCAAACGCUCAAACCUGGACCUCAACGCUAAUGAGGACCGCCUGUCUGAACAGAGUGAGAGCGCAGAGGAGCCCGAACAACCUGAGGAGGAGAAGGAAUGCCAGGCACAGGUGCAGGGCCGUCUCUUUAUAAACCGGGUGUUCCACAUCAGUGCUGAAAAGAUGUUUGAGGUGCUCUUCACUGAUUCCAACUUUAACCGGAGGUUCAUGCACGUGCAAAAAAUCUCAGGGGCAACCUCCACGCCCUGGCAGAGAGACUCUUCGGGGAGUAUGAAGAGAACUAUGAACUACACAGUAACCAUCACCAACCCACUGGUGGGGAAGUCCUCCACCGUCACAGAGUACCAGACUUUAUACAAGGAGUCUCGGGAGGGUCAGUACUACAUGGUGGAUUCUGAGGUCUACACACACGACGUGCCUUACCACGACUACUUCUACACCAAGAACCGCUUCUGCAUCAUCCGCAGCUCUAAGAAGAAGUGUCGCCUAAGGUUGUACACCGAUGUGAAGUACAAAAAGCAACCGUGGGGUCUGGUAAAGUCUUUCAUCACCAAGAACUGUUGGAGUGGCCUGGACGAGUAUGGCAGGCGCCUCGAGGCUGAGCUAUUAGAGGAGGAAGCGGAGCUGACCCAGGGCCCCGGGGAUGCUGGGAAGAUGGCGAGCCUGCGGAGGAGGAGGAGGACCUACAGUCGAAACUUCCAGGAGCAUAUGAAGCCUGGCAAGCAGUAUGGGCCCGACGCAGAGCAGCGCAGAGAAGGCCAUAUAGGCCCCAUGGAUGUGAAGAGCACCCACAGGUGGAACAUAGCCACCAUUGUGGCUGGGAUGAGUUUCAUUCUUCUGAUCCUGACGGUGCUGAACCUGGGUCUGUUCUUUAAGCUGUGGGCCAUGGAGGAUGUGGCUCAUCGCAUGUACUUAAGCACCAAGCAUCGGCUCAGGGAGAGGGCAGAGCCCAGCGUUAGUCCAAAUCUUGGUCCCAAGCAAAGCACUCCACAUCGGACCCAUGAGGAUAUGCACUUACUCCGAGCAGUUCUACAAGACUCAAUCAACCUUUUAGAGCAGCUUCGGAGUUCUUUGGUGGUGCUACAGAAGAACUUAUUGGUCCACAACAGAACCACAACUCCGCUAUGAGACUUGUCUUGUAUACAGUGUGACGGGGGUGGUCAGUUGCUCUCAGGAUCCAUCUCGCAUGACGCACAAACCCGAGAAACGUCACCGUGGAGACGUCACUCACGAGAUGGCUGGUUACUAUGGGUAUUGUCUCUGUGGGCAUCUUUUUUUUGUGGCAAUAUCAGGUGGCUGUGUGUUUCCAUGUGUACAGCCAGGAGUGCUGACUAAGUGAAGGAAGGUGGGAAAACAGGAGGGUUUGUUUUCACAAGUCGUUAGUUUCUUGUCCUCAGUUGGGCCAUUAUUCAUUUGAUUGACAGAUGUGUGAACCUUUUGCUUUGGCCUCAUUUUGACUUCAGUUCACUCUUGAGCCAGUUUAGGGUGUCCUUCAUUUGAUCCAGUUAGGCCUGGAGUCUGUCAACUGUAAAUGUGUCAUACGUAAACAUAUAUCCCUGUUUAUUGUUUCUGCUAAAUACUUGUUUACAAGCUGACAUUGUGUCUUUAGUGAACAGAUAUCUUGAUUAUUUCAUUUUGAGAACUUAAGGGACAACAGUUGAUAAUGUGAACCUGUACAUCUUUGAUACUACCAUAUGGCCUUCUAAGUUAACUGUUUUGCACAUGUUCAUACAUUGUCAUUUUAAUCUUUGCAAUAUUUUAUAUUUUAUCUGUCAUGUCUCACUAGAUGUUAAUAUAUUUACGAAUGUGAUUCCAUGAAUUUUAUUUUCUCUUUAAUGGGUUAUGUGUGGUGUAACUACUAGGGUGCUGAUGCUCUGUAUAUUGCUUCCAGAACUUGCAUUUUCUCAGGGAUUAUUCGGCUUAAUUAUGUAAAACAGAAAUUCAACUUUCUGGUAGAAUGUUUUUUUCUUUUUUUUUUUUCUUCUUUGGAUUUUAAACUAUUAAAGCUAUGAUCCGUACAUGAAAAUAGUUUUCAUACAGCAUAGAAAAAACCAUCACCACUUUUGUACACUAUGGUUAAAUGUAGAUACAUAUAGGCCUAUUACAAAACACUGUGACUACCUUUCAUAAAUGUUGCCUUCACAUCACUACCUUGUCAGUUUGGCGGACAUCCUGACUUGGGCUGGCCUUAGACUUAGUUGUUUAGUUUUUUUCUCAGUAUGGCCAAGUUUAAGUUCACUAACCAGCACACAGCACUACACAAUCAUUGGGCAAAAUGCAGAAAUGCAGAUUUUUUAAUUGAUUUCAGUUCAGCUGCACAGAUGAGUGUUUACAUGAAGUUUUUACUGAUAAAUGAAUGGUUAUUAAAAGCAAUUAAAACAUGGUGGUGGAAUUGA